GUGGCCAGCGCAGGGACACACAGAGGGACUUUGACUCUCCUUUGUGAAGUAAAGCGCCUGCUCUCCGCCGCCUCCUGCUCCAGACGUUCUCUCACUCUCUCCAAACACACACACACCAACAGCAAUGGAGUCCGUAAGAACAGUCAGCUACCGCACCAGUUCCAGCCCCGUGGUCAAGAGGGGUUUCACCAGCCAGUCAGCCAUCAUCCCCGGCGGCUCCUCGCGGGUCAGCAGCGUGUCUAUGCGUCGCUCCGGCAAUCUGGGCUCCAGCAUGGGCGGCGGGUUCGGCGCCGGCAGUAUGGGCGGUGGUGGAUACGGCGGCGGCUACAGCUCCUUCAGCAGCAGCAGCAUGGGCGGCGGGUACGGCGGAGGCUUCUCCGCUCCCAUCACCGCCGUCACCGUGAACCAGAGCCUGCUCGCCCCCCUCAACCUGGAGAUCGACCCCUCCAUCCAGGCCGUGAGGACCCAGGAGAAGGAGCAGAUCAAGACCCUCAACAACCGCUUUGCCUCCUUCAUCGACAAGGUGCGCUUCCUGGAGCAGCAGAACAAGAUGCUGGAGACCAAGUGGAGCCUCCUGCAAGACCAGACCACCACACGCUCCAACAUCGACCAGAUGUAUGAGGCCUACAUCUCCAACCUGCGCCGCCAGCUCGACGGCCUGGGCAACGAGAAGUGCAAGCUGGAGGGAGAACUCAAGAACAUGCAGGGAGCCGUCGAGGACUUCAAGAGGAAGUACGAAGACGAAAUCAACAAGCGUGCCGGUGCAGAGAACGAGUUUGUGCUCCUCAAGAAGGAUGUAGAUGCGGCCUACAUGAACAAAGUGGAGCUGGAGGCUAAAGUUGACGCCCUGCAAGACGAGAUCAACUUCCUCAGGGCCGUUUACGAGGCGGAGCUGCGUGAGCUUCAGUCUCAGAUCAAGGACACCUCAGUCGUCGUGGAGAUGGACAACAGCCGCAACCUGGACAUGGACGCCAUCGUGGCUGAGGUGCGCGCUCAGUACGAGGACAUCGCCAACCGCAGCAGAGCCGAGGCAGAGACGUGGUACAAACAGAAGUUCGAGGAGAUGCAGUCGUCGGCCGGCCAGUAUGGUGACGACCUGCGCUCCACCAAGGCCGAGAUCGCCGAGCUGAACCGCAUGAUCGCCCGUCUGCAGAACGAGAUCGAGUCCGUCAAAGCACAGCGCGCCAACCUCGAGUCCCAGAUCGCAGAGGCUGAGGAGCGUGGGGAGAUCGCCGUGAAGGAUGCCCGUCUGAGGAUCAAGGACCUCGAAGACGCUCUGCAGCGCGCCAAGCAGGACAUGGCACGACAGGUGCGCGAGUACCAGGAGCUCAUGAACGUCAAGCUGGCCCUGGACAUCGAGAUCGCCACCUACAGGAAGCUGCUGGAAGGAGAGGAGAACAGACUGACCUCAGGAGGCAACAGCGCCACCAUUCACGUUCAGCAGAGCAGCGGUGGAACCCUCUCCAGUGCCGCUGGCGGUGGCUUCGGAUUCGGUGGCGGCUAUGGCUUCGGUGGCGGCAGCGGUGGUGCCACCAUCACCAAAUCCUCCGUGGUGUCGAGCAGCAGCUCCAGGCGUUACUGAAGAGACCCCAAAAACAUCCCCCACCAAAACCUCACAAAAUAACGGCGUUCCCAUUCCCAGAGCCAAACUUCCUGUUACCAGCUUCUCCACACUCACUGCACUCACUACAACGCCACAUUAAGUUUCUGUUGUUUUGAUCUGUGUCUCAGCAUUUUAACAGUGGCAUAAAAUUAUACCAAAGAGAGGAGUUUAUCGAGCCAAUAAAAGGCUAUCAAGAGGCCGGUGCUAACAUGAGGGUCUGCAUUAUAGGCCACGUGAGUGAGAGUGUCCUCAGGGUUGUGCUAAAUGUUUACAGGCUAUGAGGUGACGAUACGGGUUAGCCCUCUCCCCAAAGCCCCCAUGAGAACGACACGUCACAACUUAUCCGGUGUUACAAACUCAGCAAAAAAGUUGUAAACUACUUUUAUGUCAUACAGUAAAAAAAGCCUGUGAGCAUGGGUCAAAAGUACAAGCUCUUGUGGUCUGUGCCCUUGUGGUCUGUCGUCUCUUUCAGUCUUACUGCUGCCAUAUUCUGCUGUCGAAAUAAAAUCAAAAGAGAAGUGCUACUGACACCAGGUUUAUUUUUGAACAGAACAUCACAAGCUCAAAUAAAUCUGAGAUCCAAAGACA